AUGCUAAACAGACCUUUCUCUCUCUUCCCUCUCUCCAGCCAAAGUGCAGCGGCCCUGUGUCCCCCCCUGUGUUCUGCAGAUGCCGAGCACGUGCCAUCCCUGGAGACGCUGAGCACGGCCGGGCGCAGGAUGGAGACCCGCAGGCGGGACAUGGAGCUGCUGAGCAACAGCAUGGCCGCAUACGCACACAUCCGAGCCAACCCCGAGAGCUUCGGGCUCUACUUCGUGCUGGGUGUCUGCUUCGGGCUGGUGCUGACCCUGUGCCUGCUGGUGCUGCGCCUCUCCUGCCGGUCCCCUACGCGCCCCCUGCCCCACCCACGGGACCUCAGCGAGGACGAGGAGGAGGAGGAUGAGGAGGAGGAUGAGGAAGAGGAGGACACCGUCGACCGCGCAGCGUCCGAGUCACUGCUGCCGGUGACCGAGAUCCCGCUGGACAGCCAUGGCCCCGGGGACGGGGCGCUGGCCGUCAACGUCUUCGCCUCGGCGGAGGAGCUGGAGCGGGCGCAGCGGCUGGAGGAGCGCGAGCGCAUCAUCCGUGAGAUCUGGCGCAACGGGCAGCCCGACAUCCUGGGCACCGGCACCCUGGGCCGUGUCCACUACUACUGAGUCCCGGCACGGGGGCAGCUGCCCCGGCACCAUGGCCGGCUCCCCCCAGUAGCUCAGCCGACACCGUGCCACCCCCAGGAGCUGCCUAGGACCCGGUCUGGGGCCAGGAGACAGGAGGACAGGGGGGCUGCUCACUGCCCCUGGGUUGGAGGAGCUGCCCUGGAGCAUCUCUGCACCGCUGCCAGCCGGACCCCGGUGCCAUGGGCACCCCCGGGGCCAGACUCACCCCCGCCGCUGUGGGACACGACGCACUUUGAGCCAUUGGUACGACUGCUGGCACCAGCCGAGCAGCCCCGGGACCCUGCGGGGACAAGGACAAGGACAGGGAAGACCUUGCCAGUCUUGGCCACGGGCGCUGGGCCCAUCGGCUCAGCGCUGGCACCGCAGGGAGGCCCAUCCCCAUGGGUCGCGGUCGGGCUGUACGUCCGUGUAAGCUGUGGGGUCCUGCCCCUGAAACAUGGUGCUGUUAU